AUGCCGAGGCAGAGGAGGAGUAAAUCCAAAGACGCGGCCUCGGCCUCGAAGGCGCGGCCGGGCUCCCCCCGCUCCACGCGGCCCAGGCGGCGGGGCCGGCCCGGGGCCGGGGAGCCGGAGAAGGAGCGGCUGCCGCGGGCGGCGGAGGCGGACCGGCCGGGGCUGCGCAGGCCCGUGAGCGGCGGCCCCCCGCCCGGGAGCGCCCGGCCCCUCUCCCCGCGGAAGACCAGCAAGCCGAGGGCGCAGAACGGCGUGCCGGGGGAGGCGGUCCCCCCGAGCUCGCUCCUCCGGCGCUUCCAGGGGCUCAGCUGCGUCCUGGAGCAGCUGCGCGACAAGGUGCACCUGCUGCGGAGGCGCCAGCUCUCGGUGCGCACCACCGUGGGCCUAGGUAUCUUUGUGGGAGUUAUGCACUGGAUACAUUUAUCAGUACUUUUUGAAAAUGAUCGUCAUUUUUCUCACCUCUCAUCUUUGGAACGGGAAAUGACUUUUCGCACCGAAAUGGGACUUUAUUAUUCCUACUUCAAGACCAUUAUUCAAGCACCUUCGUUUUUGGAAGGACUGUGGACAAUUAUGAAUGACAGGCUCACUGAAUAUCCCCUUGUAAUCAACACAGUGAAACGCUUCCAUCUUUAUCCAGAGGUGAUUCUGGCCUUCUGGUAUCGCACAUUUGUGGGAUUAAUGAAUUUAUUUGGGAUAGAAACUAAGACCUGCUGGAAUGUCACAAGAGUCCAACCUCUCAGUGAAGUUCAAAGCUGUGAAGGAAUAGGAGAACCUGCUUGCUUUUAUGUUGGUGUGAUUUUUAUUUUAAACGGAGUAAUGAUGUCGAUGUUCUUCGUAUAUGGUGCUUGUCUGAGUGGGACUCACAUUGGAGGUCUAAUUACAGUAUUGUGCUACUUUUUCAACCAUGGAGAGGCUACUCGCGUGAUGUGGACUCCACCUCUCCGGGAAAGUUUCUCAUAUCCAUUUCUUGUACUUCAGAUGUGCAUUUUAACUUUGAUCCUCAGGCCCUCGCACAGCAGCGGCAGGUACUUCGUUGCGCUCUGCCUCUCCAACGUUGCUUUCAUGCUCCCCUGGCAGUUUGCUCAGUUUAUACUUUUUACGCAGAUAGCCUCAUUAUUUCCUAUGUAUGUUGUGGGGUACAUUGAACCAAGCAAAUUUAAGAAGAUCAUUUAUAUGAACAUGAUUUCAGUUCUCCUUUGUUUCGUGUUGAUGUUUGGAAAUCCAAUGUAUUUAUCUUCUUAUUAUUCUUCAUCUUUGUUAAUGACAUGGGUGAUAAUUCUAAAGAGAAAUAAUAUUCACAGAUUGGGUGUAUCUGAACUCAACUUUUGGCUAAUUCAAUGUUUCGGUUGGUUUUGUGGAACAAUCAUUUUGAAAUUCCUGACAUCUAAAAUCUUAGGUGUUUCAGAUCAUAUUCGCCUGAGUGACCUAAUAGCCGCGAGAAUCUUGAGGUUUACAGAUUUCGAUACUUUAAUUUACACCUGUGCUCCUGAAUUUGGCUUUAUGGAAAAAGCGACUCCAAUGAGAUACAUAAGGACUUUAUUGCUUCCACUUGUUAUGAUGAUUACUUAUUUCAUCUUAAAAAAGACUUUCCGUGAUGUUUUAUUUGUUUUAUCUACAAACACUUAUCAAAGAAAACAGCUCCUUGAACAUGGUGAGCUCAUUUUCCACACGUUGCAGCUGUUGGCGUUCACGGCCCUCGCCGUCUUAAUUAUGAGGCUGAAGCUGUUUCUGACCCCUCACAUGUGUGUGAUGGCUUCCCUGAUAUGCUCCCGGCGGCUCUUUGGCUGGCUUUUUUACAGAGUUCGUUUUGAGAACGUCAUCUUUGGCCUCCUCACAGUCAUGUCACUCCAAGGCUUUGUCAACCUGCGCAGUCAGUGGAGCAUCCUGGGAGAAUUUAAUAAUAUGCCUCAGGAGGAACUGAUCGAGUGGAUCAAAUACAACACCAGACCAGAUGCCGUGUUCGCGGGUGCCAUGCCCACCAUGGCAAGUGUCAAGCUGUCCACGCUGCGCCCCAUCGUGAAUCACCCGCAUUACGAGGACGCAGACUUGAGGGCCCGGACAAAAAUCGUUUAUGGCGCAUAUAGUCGAAAAUCUGCAAAAGAAGUGAGGGAUAAAUUGUUGCAGCUACACGUGAAUUACUACAUUCUAGAAGAGGCGUGGUGUGUUGUGAGAACUAAGCCUGGCUGCAGCAUGCUGGAGAUCUGGGAUUUGGAAGACCCUUCCAACGCCGCCAACGCGCCCUUGUGCGGCACCCUGCUCCAGGACGCCCGGCCCUACUUCACCGCGGUGUUCCAGAACAGCAUGUACCGCGUGCUGAAGGUGGCCUGAGGCGGCGGCUGCCGCGGCGCCAAGACGGGCAUCGGACACAAUGACUUUGGCUUAUUUGAUGCAUAAAAACCACCAUCUGUAAUAAGGGACCCUCACAAAGAAGACAGUAAAACGAUCUGGUGUUUCUGAUUGCUAAAGGGCAAGUUAUUUCAUUGUUUCCCAUCGAAUGUCAGCCUUGUUAAGCUUGUCAUGUUAGUAAUUGUUUCACACCACGUGGACAGAUGGUCAUCUUAACGUUUUAAAAAAUUGUAUGUGAAAGAACAAUUAUUUAAUAAAUCAAAGAUGUGUAUGUCCUUUUGAAUCCAGUGAGGUGAAUUGCUUCCGAUUUUCUCUAGUCCCAGGAUACACUGGUGUUCACUCUCGAAACCACGUGGAUAGACGGAAGCGGUUCCUGAAGUGACACUUCAGGUCCCGAUACCACGACUGCUUACCUCUGGGGGAUGUUGCUUGUAACCGGGCCACUAUUAGGGAUGUCUUCCGGCUUUUACUAGCCUUCAGGAAAGGUCUCUAUCGCUUUUAAUAACUUCCUAUCAUUUCAACUUAAGUAUUUUUCUUAAAAAAUCAGCUUACUUUGUAAUGUUUUGACCUUCUCGAAUUUCUUUAUCCAACCAGAUGAGUAUUUUUUUUCCACUGGUUAGUUGUCGGCCUACGUUCAACAAGUUAUUAAUCUGUCUUUAGAAUCCAGUGGUUUUUCUUUUAAUAUCCAGAUAAAAUAAAGAUUGCUAUCACACAUGACAUGAUUUUGGGUUAGACAUAAUCAGAGAAGAAAAUCCAGUUAGGUUUAUCAAAUGAGAUUUUCAGAUCCCAGAUCUUGAAUGAGGCAAAGGCAUUUCACCUUGUAGGGCAUGGUUCAUGGGACGUAAUCUUUCCUUCUCGUCACCCUCUUUUGUAACAACAUGUUUUAAGUCCUCAUUUAUUUUUGGUUUGCACUGAGGAAGGUGGUGGUUUAUAAAUUCUCUCCCUAAAAUAAAACCUACCCAACAAUAAUGCUUUGAAAAGGGGUAGUGAUCUUGAAGAUAUUGUUGCUAAAUGCAAACAUAAACACUCUCUCUGCUUGAUAAUAAAUAUGCCACAUCUAUAGUAUUUUUAAUGUGCUUCUAUUUUAAAUUAACAUCUUGGAAUUUUUGUAAUUCUCUUACGUUCUUGGUCCUCUGUAGUUGAGGUAACAAAAUGACUUACUUCCAUAGAUUAGUUCACAUACAGUAGGUAGGAGAUUAUAUACAGGAAAGCCAAAAUAAUUUUUCAACUUUUAUAGUUGUAAAUAUUUUAAUACAGGAUGUAAAGCAGCUAAGAAAGUAUGCCGUACUUUAUUUUAGCUUUUUCAAAUAAUUUGUUUUGGUGUGUGGGGCAAAGAAGAAAAAGAGAUACCUAACAUUCAUGAAAUUAACACAUUGGGUGGUGUUUUCAAAGGAAACAUUUUUUAAAGUUGGCAGAAUUCAACAACAAAAUGGGACAAGUUGUACUAACUCAGGAAAUGUUCCAUGUAGAUAUAAUGUGUUGAUAUGGAUUUGUUAUUUUCAUGUGCUAUGUAUGUUUAAAAAUUAAAAGAAAUCUUGAAGAUU